AACGCGUUCUCCCACCUCCGGGGCCGAAGCUUGUGCUGUGCAAUCCGACGAUCUCCACCUCAAUCCUCACAAUUGAAUGAUUCAAGUAUCCCCGAGCCCCUGAAAAAUCCUCCAGACCGCGAAGUAUAUCGAUCAAAUUAACUCGUCCCUCCAUUUCCCCACCGCAAUAGCCGAAAUAAAUCCGAGUCCCAGGAGUGGGAAACGUCUGUGGAGUCGCAUACGCCUGAGCUCUAACCGAAAAAUUCCAGUUGUUGAAUCAGUGAUCGAACGAGCGAAUUAACACCGAGGCAUUUUCAAGUUCGGAUUAUGAUCGAAAGAAGCUGGAGUGAUGACGCGAUCUGUUGUGCGAGAGCCUGAUCAGGAUAAUCAGUCGGACGUACCCGUGCAGAGGGGCUCCGUUCCAGGGGACACGGGCAAACUUGCUAAAAACAUGGAUUCUGGUAUCAAUGGCAUCACCACGAGGUACGGGAGGGCUGUUAAAAUGGUUCAUUCUGGGGACGAUCAGGCGAACAAGUCAUCGAAAACGCCGAAGGCACCUCAGGUGGCAGCUCCAGCAGCUCCAGCCGUAGUUAAUACCCAACGAUCGGAAAAUGGCGCGACUCCAGAGACUCUCAGAGCGGGGAAAAUAAAAAGCGAAGGUCCAGAGAAAAAUACGAAUGUGAUUAAGCGGGAGCCCCUCCCAGAGACACCAGAGUCAGAGACUCCAGAUUCCAAAGAGUAUAUUCUAGGGACCUUGAAUGUCAAUUCAAGAGACGAUGAGAAGUCCUCGGAAAAUGUCCGAUGGGUUGUGGGAGAAUUAGCAUGGGCACAUGUCAGUAAUUAUCCGUACUGGCCGUGCAUCGUUACCGAGGAUCCCAUUGAUAAAACCCACUUGAAACAAAAACCCUUCGGCCAGAGGAUAAUAAAAAUGGUCCACGUAACGUAUUUCGGUGACAACGGCCGCCAUAAUUGGGUGAACGAGAACUCCUUAAUGAAAUUCGAGGGUCUGAAGCACUUCAACGAUCUCGCAACGGAGCUGCUGAAAGGCAGAAAAAAGUGCACAAAAUUCUACUCCGGCUUCGUAGUAAAAACCGUAAUAAAACACAAAUGGGACAUAGCAGUGUCGGAAGCCGAGGUUCUCCUCCCAAUGACGAUCACCGAGAGAUUCAAAGCGAUAGCGCCGAAGCGAAAACGUGGACGUCCCCGACUAUCCCAGGAGUCAGCAGCCAAACGCCCCCGCCUGGACGAAUCCCUAAUCCGAAAGAGCAUAGACGAUGACUUGGAGACGAUAAAAUCACGAACGAAAUCCUUCGAGGACCCAAAUUUGACGACCGAGACUCCCCCGACCCCUCCAUCAAGCAUCAAAGACUCGAGUGACGAGUCAUCGACAGUGAGAAAACACAAGAGACGAAGGAGAACGAAAGCAGAGACCAACGAGGACUUUGAGAACUACUACAAUCUCCACAAAGACAACAAGGGCUACGUGCCUGGUGGCAGUCAGGAGGAGAUCAGACAGUACUUGAGGACAAUGUGGGACGGGAUGAGUGCAUAUUUACGUAGUAAAUACAAGGCGACCCCCAAUGGUCUCCACUCGAAGGAGAAAUCCUCGAGCCCUGAGGAGGAGCCAGCCCCUGAGGAGUCCACCCCGAGGACUCGCAAGUCCAAAGGCUCCAAGGAGCAGGGCAAAGAGCAGGCCAAGGAGCUGAGCAAGGACCCCAAGGAGAAGUUGGACAUCACCCUGGACCCAGUGAAACGUCCGAAGCUGAUGAAUCUCUUCAAGGGGGUGAAGGCAGAACGAGUCUGUCAGAUCUGCGAGAAGACAGGGAAUUUGACUCGCUGCAAGGGCCCUUGUUACUCAUAUUUCCACCUGAAGUGCGUCAAGCCUGGUGAGUCGGAGUCUGAGGGUGAGGCUGAGGACGACACGGCCGACAGUGAGUCGACAGGCAGUGGAGAGCCCCAGAAAAAAUCCAAGGAUGAUAAGGAUGAUGUUGAUGAGGAGAAUUUCAAGUGUAUUGAUUGUCUCUCUGGGGUUGCUCCAGCUUGUUUUGUUUGCAAUGAGAGGGAGGACGAGAGGAUCAGGUGCUCAGUGGCCACAUGUGGCAGGCACUAUCACUCCAAGUGUCUCAAGAUGUGGCCACAGUCACACUGGCAUGGGGGACGACUCACCUGUCCCUAUCACAUGUGCCAUACGUGCAUAUCGGAUAAUCCACAGAAUCAUCACACGAGAAUUCCUAAUGACAAGCUGGCCAGGUGUGUCAGGUGUCCUUCUGCUUAUCAUGCUAGUGUUCAGUGUCUACCGGCUGGGUCGCAGAUACUUACCAGCACGCAGGUCAUUUGUCCUAAGCAUUAUGUCGCUCCUCAUCCUCCGUUGAAUGCUGCCUGGUGCUUUCUCUGCACUAGGGGGGGCUCACUCAUCUGUUGCGAUACUUGUCCCACGUCGUUUCAUCCAGAGUGUCUGGGGAUUGAUGCGCCUGAUGGGGCUUUCAUCUGUGAAGACUGCGAAACAGGUAGACUCCCGCUCUACGGUGAAGUAGUCUGGGUGAAGCUCGGGAACUACCGAUGGUGGCCAUCUCGCAUAUGCUACCCCCAGGAGAUUCCCUCGAACCUCGCAGCAGUCUCCCACAGUCCCGGUGAGUUCUGCGUCAUGUUCCUGGGGACGAAGAACUACUACUGGGUGCACCGAGGUCGCGUCUUCCUCUACCAAGAAGGCGACACCUGCGCGCGAAACAGUAUGGGUCGAAAAACAGUGGACGACGCCUACAAACAGGCAGUGGUAGAGGCCAACGAGCUCCACCAGCAAGUGAAGAACGAGAGAGUAGCUGCUAAAGAGGACGAAUCCAAGAACCUGAAGCCCCCUCCCUACGUGAAAAUUCGUGUCAACAAGCCAGUUGGCAACGUAAAACCAAUGGAGAUGGAGGUGGACGUUGCCUGUGAGUGUGACGCCAAGUGGGAGCACCCCUGCUCCCCAGACAGUGACUGCCUCAACCGAAUUCUCUCGAUCGAGUGCAAUCCAACAAUCUGUCCAGCAGGCUCCAAAUGCAAUAAUCAGUCCUUCGUGAGAAGGAAGUAUCCCCUGAUGGAGCCAUUCCACACUGCUGGUCGUGGAUGGGGUCUUAAGACCCUGGAGGCGAUAAAAGCUGGACAAUUUGUCGUCGAAUACGUUGGAGAAGUGAUCGAUGAGGCUGAGUACAAGAGAAGGUUGCACAGAAAAAAGGAAUUGAGAAAUGAGAACUACUACUUCCUGACGAUCGACAACUACAGGACAAUUGACGCUGAGCCCAAGGGGAACCUCAGUAGAUUCAUGAAUCACUCGUGUCAGCCCAAUUGCGAGACCCAGAAGUGGACAGUCAAUGGGGACACGAGGAUUGGGCUGUUUGCCCUGAAGGACAUCGAGCAGGGAGAGGAGCUCACCUUCAACUACAAUCUUGCCACUGAGGGGGAGACGAAGAAGCCCUGUCUCUGUGGUGCCUCCAAUUGCUCUGGGUACAUUGGGCUCAAGGCGCAGAAGCCCCAGCUGAGUCCAGCUGAUCAAGUCGUUCAGGAGCCCAAGGUCGAGCCUGAGAAGGUGAAGAAACAGAGGAGAUCCAAGAAGAUUUACAAGUGCUGGACAUGUGGGGAUGUUGUGGCUGGGGAUAAGUUCAUCGAGUGUGGAAUGAAGUCUUGCCCCAAGAGGUAUCACGCCAAGUGUGUGAAGAAGGGACAGGUGGGGAGGUUUAGGUGUCCCUGGCAUCACUGCGUCGACUGCGAGAAGAGGACUUCACUCAGGUGUUUGUUAUGCAGCGCUGCUUAUUGUCAGAAUCACCUCGAGGGGAAGAUGAUUGAGUGGAAGGACAAGAAUGGGUAUCUUUGUAAGGUCCAUGAGAAUUCUAUGGGGGAGAGUGGGAGGGAGAGCCUGGGGGAGGCUCAGGGGGAGAGUGAAACGCCGGAUGAUAAUUCAGAGGUUAAUUCUGGGGAGGCUGAAGGCGCUGCAGGGAAUCCUGGAACACCUGGGGACACGACGGAUGUGUUGAGUGAAGAAACUCCUGAAGGAUCUCCUGUGAAAGAGGGUGAGAAAGAGGCUGAGAAGGAGGCUGAGGGUACUCCGGGGGAAGCUGAGGAUCCUCCUGAGAAAAAUGGGGAAGAUCCUGGUGAUAAAGGAUGUGGAGAGCCAGAGGGGGAUGCGAGUCCUGUAGAAAAUAGUAAAGAUAAACCAGGGGAUGAUGCCAGUGGUCCCCAGGUUGUGGAGGUCGGAGAGGAUGGAGGCAGUGGGGAUACGGUUGAGAAGGAGCAGGAGGGUCAGGGGGUUGAGGUCAAGGAGGAGGAGAAGGCGGAGAAGGAGGAGGUGAAGGAGAGGGAGGAGGUGAAGGAGACGGAGGAGGUGAAGGAGAAGGAGGAGGUGAUGGAGAAGGAGGAGGUGAAGGAGAGAGAGGAGGUGAAGGAGAAGGAGGAGGUGAAGGAGAGGGAGGAGGUGAAGGAGAAGGAAGAGGAUGACGUCAUGGAGGUGGAGGAUGACCCCACGGAUGAGGUGGUAUCGAUACCUGAGACGAAGGUUGACUCUGAUGAGGACUUUGACACAGCCUCGUUAUUGGCUGACUCUGAUGGCUCAAUUAAUGAGGAGGAUGUCAUUCCCCCUAGGGUUUCCAUUAUUCAGAUCGACUUGAGUGAUGAAGACGAUAUCAAGCAUGAGCAUGAGAUCGAUAUAACACCAGAGGACGAAGAUAUCGAUGGAACGGAUGUAAACGAAGAGGACAUUGUGCCAGUUUCCGUGAAGAGAAGGAAGACGUUGAGAAAUCACCAGACACAUCGAAUAAUCGGUGGAGUGGUGCCAUCCUGAAUAAACUGCCCUGAACGUAAUUCAUAAGGUAUCAAUAAAAUAAUUUCUCAGUCGAAAUCAUGAUGUACUGUUGAUGAUCAAUAAUUAAUAGCUAGAUUUAUUCGUAUUUUUGCCUGAAUUUUUGCCCAAAAUGAAUUAUUUUCGUUGAUCCACGAUUUCGACGUCAAUUUGAUGUACAUACCUCUUAUUUAUACAUUAUGAUUGAAUAUGUUGUCGAUUAUUUUAAGGUUUAUGCAUAAUUUAGUUAUUAUUCAAUUGAUGAAACUGUGAAUUUUAGGGUCUAAGGGACAAAUCAGUCUCGAGGCGAUUAAUAAGACAACUUUUUUUAUACCAAUUAGUAUUAUUGUAGUGGUUUUAGUCAGUUAAUGUAGUAGGGAAAACGAAAUCGAUUUUCAAUACACAAUUUUGGAGAAUAAAAGAAUUUUAUCUUAAAAUUAUAA